AUGUCUCGAAAGUAUCUCCACAUCAAUCAGAUUAAUGUUGACACAGAAGGAUGGACAGUCAUAACUCAAGUUGUUGAAAAAAGCCACGUUCAGAUUGGUCGUCACGGAAAAAGAGUGCCAUACCGAAAAUAUGUUCUCACAGAUUCACAGGGAACAAUCGUGUCUGCAACUGUUUAUGGAUCUGCUCAAAUUGAGUUCUGGGAUGAACGCAUCACACAGUACAAAAGAUACUACGUAUCUGGGGCAGGUGUUCAACCAGCAAAUCCGCUAUAUCAAAUCAGUGAUUAUGCUUUUACCUGGACAAUACAAAAAGGCACCCUGGUGGAAGAAUAUCCAGAAAAAUUACCUCCACAGCUCCCUUGCAAAAUACAUCUGCAGGAGUACGGAAAGCUAAGGAUGUUUGCAGAGACAGAAACUUUACAAAAUGUAAUGGGUGUUGUUGUUCAUGCGCUGCCACGCAAAGAUGUUUCCUCAAAAUCAAACACUAGAGAUCUUGUCAUCGUUAAUGCAGAGUGA